UCUGGAUUGUGUCAGUGGAGACGUUCCCAGCGCCUCGGUGCACUUGUCAGUCUCACACUUGGGAUGCUGCUAUUCCGAGUGACACAGUCUAGAGGGGCUCCGGAGAACUUCCAAAGGUUUUCAGCACCAUCAACAUAUCUACCUGUAAACUAUCGAAUGGCCUCUUCAGGAUCCGCCUUUCUUCUAAAAGAGAACAACCAAGACUUUAUAAGAAAUUGUAGUCUGCAGUCAAGGGUGGAGUCCUUCUUCAUUCACAAGUCCCUGAGAACUCCUGUCCUGAAUGCCAGUUAUGGACCUUUUUCUGUGGAAAGAGAAGUUUCGGAAGACCUUCUUCUGUCACAUCAUGUCUUUGCAUUCAAUAGGUUUACUUUUAACUGGAAACUGAAAUCUAAUGUAAUCAAUGUAAAGGUAUAUCCCAACAAACCCAAAGUGCAAGUUUUAUUUUACAUUGCAGGCAGAGACUGGGAUGACUACAGCGCCACAGAAAAACUUCCCUGCCUAAGGUUGUUUGCAUUUCGGGAAACCAGAGAAGCAAAAGGGAGCUGCAGGCUACAUGGGAGUUUGGGCCUGUGUGUGGCUGAACUGGAAUUUCAGCCCGCUUGGUUUUCUUCACCCCCUGUUGCUACAGGACGUAAAAGAAACCCAGAGCAGUCUGAGGGCAUCCCUGUGGAACUUUAUUACAGCAUUCAUUUAGAGGAAGAUAAAGCUGAGUGUACAGUGGAGGAAGCUCGGAAAGGAAAUGCAAUCCGUCCUGGGAAAGACCAAGGAGAAGAUUCUGUUUCUCAACUACAGAGAAUCGCCACUGUAACUCUAUAUCGUAAUCCAGAAAAUUCUCAUCUUACAGAAGUCAGGCUGGACAGCAAUGUUGCCCUAUGGUUGCCAUCAAAGCCUGUCAGACAAGGAGAAGUCUUACAUGUAUAUGUCACAGUUGCUAAUAACUCAACGUUGGAUCAGUUCACAUUAAGGGCCAAGGUGAAGAAAGGUGUUAACAUUCUGAAUGUGAAGAUCAGUGAUGUACGGCAGUGGGAUGUUAAGCAAGAACUGGGGAAUGGCGGCAAACACUCCACCACAACAGUUACAUGUCAGAGACUUGGACCGAGCCCUCGUAACAGAAGUAACAACCUGUUCACAGAGGUUGUACAGAUGAACUUUGAGAUAACCAGUUUCAGCAGCCUUUCUGGUACACAGCCCAUCUCCUGGCAAUUGGAGUAUCUCGGAAAGGUGACGACUGAUAUUGUUCUGUCUGAAGUCUUCAUUAGCCAGAAAGAUAUUUUAGGAAUUGUACCUCUCUCCAUGGACACAGAGAUUUUGAAUACUGCUAUUCUUACAGGAAAGACAGUGGCGUUGCCAGUUAAAGUGGUCUCAGUUGAAGAAGAUGGAUCGGUGACGGAUAUUUCUGAACUGGUGGAGUGCAAAUCGUCAGAUGAAGAUGUUGUUAAAGUUUCAGAGCGAUGCGACUAUGUUUUUGUCAACGGAAAAGAAAUGAAGGGCAAGAUUGGUGUAAUGGUGAACUUCACAUACCAGUAUCUGAGCGCACCUCUGCAGAUUACAAUCUGGGUUCCUCGACUGCCUCUCCAGAUAGAUAUCUCUGACACGGAACUCAGUCAAAUCAAAGGCUGGCGAGUGCCCAUUAUUUCCAACAGGAGAACAACAAGAGACAGUGAUGAUGAUGAUGAAGAUGAGCGUAGAGGAAGAGGCUGCUCCCUCCAAUAUCAGCAUGCAAUGGUUCGGGUCCUCACUCAGUUUGUAGCUGAAGAACCUGAUCCCCUCGGACAGCUGGUGUUUUUGCUUGGUUCCGAUUGGCAGUUUGAUGUCACAGAUUUGGUAACAGACUUCAUGAAACUGGAAGAGCCGCAUAUUGCAAAGCUGCAAGAUGGAAGACUUCUCAUUGGACGGGAGAUUGGGAUGACCACAAUACAAGUGAUGUCCCCUCUCUCCGAUUCCAUCCUGGCAGAAAAGACAGUGACAGUGCUGGAUGACAAAGUGACAAUAACAGACCUAGGAGUGCAGCUUGUCUCUGGACUGUCACUCUACCUUCAUCCUAGCACAGCUAAUAACAAGGCUUUUGUAGCCACCUCUAUGGCACAGGAACUUCUGCAUACUCCCAAACAGGAAGCGAUUUUCAGUGUUUGGAUACAAUUCAGUGAUGGUGUAGUGACACCGCUUGAUAUCUAUGACUCCAAAGACUUUUCAAUAUCUGCUACAUCUUUGGAUGAAUCUGUUGUCUCCACUCGUCAGAGCAGUUUGCUAAAAUACCCCAUUGUAAUUGCAGAAGGUGAAGGACAAGGCGCUGUGGUCAAAAUAGACUUGAUGAUCUCUGAGGCUUGCCAAAAAUCAAAGAGAAAAAGUGUACUUGCAAUUGGACAUGGUUACAUCAAAGUGAAGUUUGGGCAGAAUGAUGCCAUUUCUCCAGGUGGCACUGAGUAUGAGGCGGAGGAAAUAGAAAAUCACACAAGUGACCGGAAGCAGAAGGUGUCAGACCAAGAACAUUAUGGCAAUGAUGGAAGGUAUGAUGGUUCUCCUCUGGAACAUGAUAAAAGUGCCAUAAGAAAAGGUAGUACCACAGCUAGAUCAGUGUUAAACAACAGGAUGGAUGGAAAUAGAUUGCCUGAAGACAGUCCUCUACAAAACAUUCCAAUAGAUUUUACCAAUUUUCCUGCACACGUAGACUUACCGAAAAGCAAUGGAGAGGUGGAGGAUAAUGACCUUGUGCAUGCAACUAGAGGACUGAGUGACCUUGAGAUUGGAAUGUAUGCUUUGCUUGGUGUAUUCUGUCUUGCCAUACUAGUCUUCCUAAUUAACUGUGCAACAUUUGCCCUUAAGUACCGACACAAACAGAUACCACUGGAAGGACAAGCUAGUAUGACACACUCACAUGACUGGGUAUGGCUUGGUAAUGAGACAGAGUUGUUAGAGAGUACACCAGAUGUAUCACCACAACAGGAUGAGCACACCACUAUCAUUGACAGAGGGAUUACCUUGGAAGAGAAUCAUCAUCUUUUCAAUGGUGUCUCUCAGAAGGAUGUGCAGAGCCAGAUGCAGCAGCUGGGAGAAGAAGCAGAAAAAGCAGUAAAAAACAAAAAAAAUGAUCCUUUACAUUCCCCAACUUCAAAACGAAAGCGGGUAAAGUUUACUACUUUCACCACAAUCCCAGCUGAUGAUGGUUGUCCAACGGUCAACUCAUUAAUCACAGCCAAUGAGGAUGACAUCAAAUGGGUGUGUCAAGAUAUGGACUUGGGAGAAUCUAAGGACCUCCGAAACUAUAUGCAGAAGCUCAAAGACAAAAUAUAAAUAGUGGUUGGGAAGAUUUUCCACAAUUUUCUGAUGCCUUCAGUUUUAUAGGUUCCUUUGCGAUAGGUUUACCAACAAAAAAAUUUCAAUUCUGGAUAUAUGCCAAAAUGUGCAAAGUGUUCUAUGAAACUAGAAUCCUUAGUAAAAAAAACCUUGGAGCUGAAGCUGAGAUGGCUGCAUAUGCGUCUUAAUAAAAACUCUAAAAUGCUUAUGCUGAGUUGGAGGCAUCUUCAGAUUUGUUUAGCUCUGCACCAGUCACAUAUUUCCCAGGUUUUUGCCAGGUGUACAUACAGUGCACUUACACCCAACCAGGUCAUAAGCACAAAAACAAUUGUAACAUUUGUUUUAUAGCAAAAAAAUGCAUUCAGUAUUAGGUUUGCUUUAGAUUAAAUAAAAAACCUGUGUAAUACAGCAGGUAUAAUCUUCCUGCUCUUGUACAAAUAGCAAAAUAUUAUAUCAUAUGAUAGACAUGAUCAACUAAAAAGCACCAAUCAGAGGUAAGUCGGCCAACCAGAAGUGGCUAGGUAUUGCUUGUGGCCACCAUCAUCUGUUCAUAGCAGUACCUGUGUCUAUAUGCGGUCUUGGUCUGCCUUGGUUGCAGUUAGGCAAACACGCCACUUCCUGUACUCAAGCUGCUUUUGACCCUCCUCUCCUACCACGCCUGGCUGUCCAAGCUUAAGAAGGCACAAGUGUCCAUUUUGACCGAAGCUGCUAACAAAUGUAUUUGUAAGCUUUUUAAGGGAAAGGAUGAGCACUACAAAUGUAAUAUUUCAGGCAUACUCCAACUCAGCAUGAGCCCCAAUGAGAAGCAUUUAAAAACCUGAAGGAAGUCAGCAAAUGAAUGUUAUGUCUAAAGAGGUGUGAAAAACAUAAAUAUAGUGGAGCUACCAAAAAUGGUUUGUAAAAAUAUAUAAAAACUUUAAAAAAAAAGAAGAAGUAAUUUUAUAUUUCUAAAAAUUGUAACUAAAGGACAGGAAGUAAAACAAUAUUUUCACAAAUCCAGAAAACGCAUUGCUUGCACCAUUUUCUGUAAAUAUGUACGAUACAUGGAGGUGGGAGUUUUUGUGUUAUCUACAUUUUUGGAAGGGUCUCCAUUUAAAGUUACAUUAUGCAGUUCUCACUAAUCAAUAAACUGCACACUGUCAUCAUAAGCUUCCCCUUAUCUAAACAUUUCUAUAUUGCUCAUAAGGACAAGGCAUUGUCUAUUGCUGGAGUGGACUAAUAUGAUGUACUGUAUUUACAGUAGAAUACUCUUAAUGGUAUACUUUGGACUACACUUGUUGAAGAAAGUCAUGUGUAUUCUACCUAAGUGAAUGAAUUACUGAAAGCCAAAGGCACUUUUAACAUUCUUAAAUUAUGUUAAGUAAUACGUAAAAACUGCUGUUUAAUUGGUUUGUGAAGAAAAGAAAAUGUGCAUCUAAAUUCCUGUUUAUUUUAGAGAAUCGAUUUAUUUUUACAAACAUCAUCUGCCGCACCCCACUCACCUACGCCAAUGCAUUUUUGAUAAAAUGUCUUAUAUGAUUCAAUACCGAGGCACUCAGGAACUGUGGAAAAAUCAUAUAAUUUCUGUGUAUUAGAUGAUUAUUGGAGUUUGCUAACUAAAUUCGUUGUUAGCGCCAUCAGAAUGGAUGUAAACACAAAAUUACUUUUUUGGAUUUUUAUUCUGGGAAGAUGUACGUUAUCACUCAUUGGGAAUGAAUCCUUGUAGGCAUUCUGGUCUUAAAACAAGUCCCACUGGGCUCUCACUGAUGUCCUAUGUCUGCAAAUUCUAAUCUUGAUUACUGUAUUCACAGUUGUUUUAUGAUACUGAGGGUUAUCAGAUCUUUAUGGUAAAAAAAAGUAAAUGUAUUUUGUAAUGCAGAAUCUGAGAACUAAUGGUCAAAUAACAUAAAUGCAGAAAUUAUUGUACUUGAUAAAGUAUCUCUGUACCAGUGAA